AUGUCGAAGCAACUCUCUAUCAUCUCUGCUGGUGCCUCUGCGGCCAUCCUCGAGAGCGCCGCUGCGAUUGUGAAGAAGGUCACUGGCGGGAAGGUGUCCACCACGACGGCCACGACGGCCGACCGCCACGCUGUUGUCGUGGGCCCCGAGACGCCGGCCGGCAUCCACACUGUUGUGACGGCCGUGCCCGCCGCCCCGUUCCCCGCGUACGCCGGCGUGAAGACUGUCGUUGUGCGGGCGGUGCUGCCGCGCUCGGCGCCGGACCGCGUGCAGCUGCGCGACGCCCUCGACGUGUUCCCCGCGGCCGGCAUCAGCACCGAGGCGGAGGAGCGGGCGGCGGCGGAGUCCUUCCGGCGGUCCGCGGCGGUGGCGGUGGCGAGGGCCCGGGCCGUCAACGCGAGUCGCGUGACGCUGGUGGUGAAACAGGCCUCGCGCUACACCGGCGUCAACGGCGUCUUCCGCCGCGUCUGCGAGGAGGUGGUGGCGGCCGCCGGUCUUUCGGUGGAGGUGCAGGGAACGGCAGCAGCGACGAAUGAACUUGUGCUGCGACCAGAGUCUCUCGGCGUUGUGCUCCUCAACGACGUGCCGGCGACGGAACACGUGGAGUUGGCCGCCGCCGGCAUAUUUGGUGGUGCCUAUCGCACGUGCCACACAAACACCGGGGGAUCCGUCUCAGCUGGACACAGCUUCAAGUCGGUCGCCCUCGCUGUCGCCGCAGAGCUCCGCGCACUCGGCAUGCAGGCAGAAGCAGAACGGGUUGAGGCUGCAGCCGCAAAGAACCCAAGAGCCGUGGUCGCCGCACUGUAA